GCCUCCUCCAAGAUGGCGGAGGGUGCCGUGCCGGCUGGAGGUGGCGGCUGCGCUCCCCGCCGGCCCUGAGGCAGGCCCGGAGGGGGGCCCUGAGGCGGGUCCUGAGGCAGAUUAGUUCUUUUGGGAAUAAAACGCUUGGAGAGCAAAAUGACAUCGAUUAUCAAGUUGACUACGCUUUCAGGCGUGCAGGAGGAGUCUGCCCUUUGCUAUCUCUUGCAAGUAGAUGAAUUUCGUUUUCUUUUGGACUGUGGCUGGGAUGAAAACUUUUCUAUGGAUAUUAUUGACUCCCUAAGGAAACAUGUACACCAAGUUGAUGCUGUUCUUCUGUCUCAUCCUGACCCUCUACACCUUGGUGCUCUUCCAUAUGCAGUUGGAAAAAUGGGGUUGAAUUGUGCCAUUUAUGCAACUAUUCCUGUAUAUAAAAUGGGACAGAUGUUUAUGUACGAUCUCUACCAGUCCCGCCAUAAUACUGAAGAUUUCACUCUCUUUACAUUGGAUGAUGUAGAUGCAGCCUUUGAUAAGAUACAACAGCUGAAGUUUUCUCAGAUUGUGAACUUGAAAGGCAAAGGACAUGGUUUGUCGAUUACGCCAUUGCCAGCUGGCCACAUGAUAGGAGGCACAAUUUGGAAGAUUGUCAAGGAUGGAGAGGAAGAAAUUGUUUAUGCAGUUGAUUUCAACCACAAGAGGGAGAUCCAUCUGAAUGGAUGUUCCUUGGAAAUGUUGAGCAGGCCUUCAUUGCUUAUUACAGAUUCAUUUAAUGCGACUUAUGUACAACCCAGGAGGAAGCAAAGAGAUGAACAGCUGCUGACUAAUGUUUUGGAGACAUUGCGCGGCGAUGGAAACGUAUUAAUAGCCGUGGAUACAGCAGGCAGAGUUCUGGAACUUGCUCAACUUCUCGAUCAGAUCUGGAGAACGAAAGAUGCAGGAUUAGGAGUCUACUCUCUAGCGCUUCUGAAUAACGUCAGCUACAAUGUAGUGGAGUUCUCUAAAUCACAGGUUGAAUGGAUGAGUGACAAGUUGAUGAGGUGCUUUGAAGACAAGAGAAACAAUCCUUUUCAGUUCCGCCAUCUCUCCUUAUGUCAUAGUCUGUCUGAUCUGGCUCGAGUGUCUAGUCCAAAAGUUGUUCUUGCCAGUCAACCAGACUUAGAGUGUGGGUUUUCUAGAGAUCUUUUCAUUCAGUGGUGCCAGGAUUCCAAAAAUUCUAUAAUUUUAACUUAUCGCACUACGCCUGGAACAUUAGCACGGUUCCUGAUUGAUAAUCCUUCUGAAAAAGUUAUAGAUAUUGAGUUGAGAAAACGUGUCAAGUUGGAAGGAAAAGAACUUGAAGAAUACCUAGAGAAGGAGAAACUAAAGAAAGAAGCAGCUAAGAAGCUGGAACAAUCUAAAGAGGCAGAUAUUGAUUCCAGUGAUGAGAGCGAUGCUGAAGAGGAUAUUGAUCAGCCAACUGUACAUAAGACCAAACAUGAUUUGAUGAUGAAAGGUGAAGGUAGUCGGAAAGGAAGCUUCUUCAAACAAGCAAAGAAAUCUUAUCCAAUGUUUCCAGCCCCUGAAGAAAGAAUUAAAUGGGAUGAAUAUGGCGAGAUUAUCAAACCUGAGGAUUUCCUAGUUCCGGAACUUCAAGCAACAGAAGAAGAAAAAAGCAAAUUAGAAUCUGGUUUGACAAAUGGAGAAGAGCCUAUGGACCAGGAUUUGUCAGAUGUUCCUACCAAAUGUAUUUCUGCAGCAGAAUCCAUGGAAAUUAAAGCCAGGGUUACAUACAUUGACUAUGAAGGACGCUCAGAUGGGGACUCAAUUAAAAAAAUUAUUAACCAAAUGAAACCAAGACAACUGAUCAUUGUCCAUGGACCACCUGAGGCCAGUCAGGACCUUGCAGAAUGUUGCAGAGCUUUUGGUGGAAAAGAUAUUAAAGUUUACGUGCCGAAACUUCAUGAAACUGUAGAUGCAACAAGCGAAACUCACAUUUACCAGGUCCGGUUAAAAGAUUCUCUUGUCAGCUCCCUUCAGUUCUGUAAAGCCAAGGAUGCUGAGCUGGCUUGGAUAGAUGGCGUUCUGGACAUGCGGGUUUCCAAAGUGGAUACUGGAGUUAUUUUGGAAGAGGGAGAGCUGAGGGAAGAUGAAGAGUUAGAGAUGCAGGUGGAUAUGCCUUCUUCAGACUCUAGUGUCAUUGCACAACAGAAGGCCAUGAAAAGCCUCUUCGGUGACGAUGACAAGGAGAUGUGUGAGGAGAGCGAGAUCAUUCCCACUUUGGAACCUCUGCCACCUCAUGAGGUUCUUGGACAUCAGUCUGUGUUUAUGAAUGAGCCGAGACUGUCUGACUUCAAGCAAGUUCUCUUGCGAGAAGGGAUACAAGCUGAAUUUGUAGGAGGAGUGCUUGUGUGCAACAACCUGGUGGCUGUUCGUAGGACUGAAACGGGGCGCAUUGGAUUGGAAGGCUGCCUUUGUCAAGACUUCUAUAGGAUAAGAGACCUUUUGUACGAGCAAUAUGCUAUUGUCUAAGGAAAAUGCUGCAAAGGUGUUUUUACUUGAACUUUUAAAGACAUUGGGGGUUUCUCCCAAUUCUGACUUUUUGUAGUUUUCUAAUUUAUACAAGGGAAACCUAAUGCAUAAAUAACAAUUAACUACCCUGAACAUGUAAAUAACUGCUGCUGUCUUUCUUCAUGAAUCUCUUGGUACAUUCCAUGUUGUUGACUUUCAAACUGUUACAACUUGCUGUCUCCCACAUCACACAUUAUGUUUAUGACUGUGAACCCUUCUCAGGAAAGGUUCAGUUUGUCAGGACAUCUUUUGCUUUCAUAGAUUCCCUGCCAAAGAGUAAAAAAUAUAUAAAAGUCAUUCUUCUGUUCUAAAAUAAUCUAAAUAGUUCUAAAGUAAUAGUAAGAUUCGAUAGGGAACUGUGAGUUUAUUUUGGUUUUGUUCUUUUUGGGUUUUGUGUGGUGGUUUGGUGUUUUGGUGUUUUGGUUUUUGUUGUUUGUUUUUUUUUUUUUAAAAAAUAACUUCAAUUUAGGGGACAGUCUUGGGUCUGUCCCUUUUUUUUUUUAUGGAGGUUAGUUAAAAUAUGUUUUUAAUAGCCCACUUAAAGCUAGACUAUCUAAACUUUCCCCUUGUGUUAAUCUUGCUGCAUCUUAAUGUCGUAUCUGCUCCAUCUUACUGAUUUGUUCCAGAACAGCAUUUCAUCUUCUGUAUAAAGUAUUAAUCUGCAAUCAAAAAAUUGCUUUGGAAAGGUGCUCUAAGGAGGCUGGAUAAUAUUGCCAGGCAGUUUAAAAUCCAGUAAUUGUGUGCUUCAGAGUAACUUCUGUACAAACUUACAGAAUUCGUAACUUCUAGCUUUUGCAAAAUUGUCAACUAUAAAAUCUUCUCUGAGUUCUGAUUUUAAUACUUUCAAAGUCUAAAGCCUUUAUCCGUGCACUGCUGUUCAUUCACAGGGCCAUGAGCCACCUUCAGGAAGAUCCUUUCUCUUGAAAUUUGAGUUCAUGUGAUGUAUUUAACGCGUUUGUGCCAUGUUUCAUUCCAGUUGCAUGUUUUGUGCUGUUUUCAUUCUAGUUGACAGUGGGACUUUCUGUAGCUGCUGAUGCUAGGAAUUAACCUAAAUUUUUAGGUGAAGAUGAGCACAGUUUUGGGCGCCUUAAUUUCUCAGAAAUGAACUUAUGCAAACAAAUGGCCUCUUGAGAGUUUAUUUCAUCCCUUUUUUUUGCCCCUUUCUACAUGUGAAUCACCAGCUUUGGCAGUGGACGGUUGCUUGCUUGUUUCUACAUACAAUGGCAAUGUAGUAUGUGCUCUCUGCGUGUAUGUUUAAAUAAAAGCUUUUUCAAAAGUGGCAAAAAAUAGCCCUGUGGGCUAUCCAUGGAAAAAUAAUUUACUUUGCAAUUCAUUCUUGACAAAUAGUUUUCUAUCUGAUCUACAGACUAUUUAUUCUGUUUAAAAUAGUAAUUUAAAACUGAAGAGCAUGUUUAAAAAAGCCCCAAAAUAAUAAAAAGAAACAAACAAAACACCUGCUAGAACUAUGUACUAAAAAUGUAAAAAAAAUGGAAAAUUUAAUGCUAAGUGAAAAUGUAUUUUGUUACACAAAGAAAAUCUUUGCUAGGAAUGACUGAAUGGCUCAACGCUAUAUUUUUUUUUUUCUUUUAAACAGUGUAGAAAAAUGUUUAUUUUCCAUUAUAUUGACAGUGAGAACUUCAUAGAAAUGCUCUGGUUUUCUAGUUGUUUUGUAGGAAUGCUGUGUAAAUCGAUAUGAUAGUGGAUGGUUGUUGGUGAAUACUAUUGUAUUACUAUUGUUGCUGAUACUAAUGAACUUUUAUAAAGUGAGUUACUUUGUACAUAAUCAUAUUGACCAUAGAACUUGUAAGUGGAGGGCUUAGGGUGGGCAGAGAUCACACAUGCCUGUGUGGAGUAUACUAAUAAAGCAAAAAAUCUGUAGGAAAUCAAACUAAAAAUAGUGCUGUUUUUAAGAAAGGGAUAAAGACAAGACAGCGUGAUCAUAAAUAUUUCUAUUUUUUUUCUUUUUUUCUGUUCUUGUUUGGGUUUUUUUACCCUAUUGAUUCAAAUUCAGCAAAGUGACAAAUGUUUAGUGUUGUCAGCACUAAGUUCCUGUGUGUUCUGGUAAAGAGGAGAACCCUGAAUAGUGUCAUUACUAAGGAAAAGGCUCAAGUAUGAGCAAACUGGCUAAUUAUUCUUUUUUACUCUGUUCAGCAUGAGUGUGGCUUGAAAUCAGACCUAGAAAGCAGAAGGGCAAGGCAACAGUUGUCAUCUGAGUGCUGGGACUGAGGAGGGCUGGGUUUGUGGGCAGCCCUGGUGGUGAGAGGCUGAAGGCUGUCAGUGCUACCUCUGACUGUGAGCUCUGUGUUCUCACUUUGGCAUUUUCUUCAUUAGCAUAAAAAUUUGAUAAGGAGUACCAUUUCUGACUCUUUGCUCUAUUGCUCUUGACGGCAAGAAUAUUAACUUCAAGUCAAACCUAGUUUUGGUACGUACUGACCAUUUAGAAAUAUUUCCUUCCAAGGGUAUUGGAUAAUUCAGGUUCUUUAGCUAAGAAGAGCCAGGCGUUGUGGAGACACAGGAAGGGGAGAAACUAGCCUUCCCACAUCCCCAAAGCCUAUAGUAUUUGUAGAUCCUAGCUUUUGUAUUCUCUUCUUCUUGUGUCUACGUAGUAGAAUGUGAAGACAUGUUUCAAAAGAUUAAGGGAAUCUAGAAGCAGAACUCUGUAAUAAUAAAAAAACAAUUUUAGAAAUAAUUGUUAAGCUGUUCCCGUUGUCUAAACACAGCUUUACCCUGAAGUUAAAUAACUUUGUGUGGGUGACAGUCUCAUUUUUUCACUUUGACAGUAGGUACUGGAGCUGAGGUGAAGCUGAAAAUCUUUCUUCUUUUCCUUCCCUGAACAAUAUUUAGACUUAACCAUAUCCACUUCUCAAAAUACGUUGCUAAUGGGAAGGCAGCGUGUCGUGCGUUCACUCAGUAACAGCCUCAUGAGAACAUUUGAGAUCUGUUUGCUUGUGGAACUUGCUUGGGAAGGCAGGAGUUCUCUGUCUGUACUAGCUUUUAAUUGUGGUCAAACACUAUUAAUUUGGAAUAAAUGAGCAACACCCCACCCCCCAGUCUAAAUAAUUGUUAUAGGUGGUUGUAUCCUAAAACACUUAUAUUGUGCAGAACCAAGAUUUCUUUGAUAAUGCAUGACGUGUUCAUAUUUCACUCUGGAAAGGGGAGCAUAUUCCCUGGCGUAAACACCUAAACCACUAAAAUUCUUGGAGACUUUGGGAAAAGAAAUCUUCCUGUAAGGAUUUGAACAUUGCAUAAUAUUCAUGGCUUUUAGAGAUGUUUUCAUAGUUUUAAAGAGGUUGUGCUGGGGAACACGAUCUCACAGUCAAACCUGAUAAAGAAAUGUAUCCAGUAAACAGAGUUUUAGGUCUUGAUCUGAAAACUGUAUAAGGAACCGAUGGUACUUCAGAAUGGGGUAAUGAAACUAGAUUAAAGUAUCUUUAAAAUUGCCUGUUGAAAUUUAUUUUUAAAAAUACUUCACAGUUUUAAGUCUUAUCUUCUCUCAGACUCUUUCUGAUUGGAAAACAGGUAUUUUUGAGUAGAACUUCCAAUAAGCCACGUAGAUGUUCUCUUGGAUCCGUAGAGGCUGGGAAUGCUGUGAAGAAGCAAGUUCGGUAUGUGAGCAUUGAGCGGUAAUAACCUGCGUGUUGUUGCAUAAUCCUCUUAGGUGAUGUGAGGAUCUGUGGCCCAACAGCCCAAUGAUGAUGAGCUAAGCAUCUGCCAAAAAGUGUAGUUUGUAACUGCAAUCUGGUAUUCACAAAUCUUGAUAACGAGCAAAUACCUGAUUUCAGUUGCGUAGGCUUUUCUUAAAUAUUUCUCAUUUUCUGUGCAGUUUUUCUGAAGUGCUAAGAACUUCUCUAAAAGGUAUUUUUGACAAAUGGUUCUAAAGAAAUUUGCAACGAUGGUAAUUUCACUUAAAAAAGUCAAAAACCCAAACCAUAAGCUUGCUGUCUGACUCAGCCCAAGGUUGGUAGCAGUUUUGGUAAAGCUGACUUCGGAAAAUGAUGUAGGGAAAGCAAUGGAAGGAGUUCAUCGUGUAGAGGUGAUGGUGGCCUUGCUGGUAUUUAAGAUGCAGAAAAUAAAGCGUAAUAUUUAAUAUCAAGUAACAAUGUCGAACUUUUGCAGCUAAGUAACUAUUCCAUUUCCAAUGUAUAAAAUAAUUAUUUUUAGACAGACUGGUUUUUUUCCUUUGUUGCCUUGUCUGCACAAAGUCUGGUGUAGUUGUCACCAGUUAUAAACUGUAACGUUGUGACACGAAGCACAGUCACAUUGUGGGCUGCUUUGCAGCUGUGUAAAUCAGAACAAGAACUCUAAUCUGGAGCCAGCCAGCUUACAUCACCAGAACAAGUUCCUGCCAAGAAAAAAACUGAUUAAUAGCUUCAAAGUUGAAAGCUGGCCCUUGAUUGGGGUUUGUUAAAAGUUGUAGUUUUAUUAAAACCAUUGCAGUUAAUCUAAUCUGGAGAAACUACCGCUUCUGCUCCAGAUCCUUAUAUUUUUGUAGAAAGAACAAUUGGCUUCAAAAGUGACUGGCCAGAUAUUGGUGAUAAUACUUCCCUUAAGGUGUAUGUUACAGUAAUUGCUUUGAAGUUAGUUGUGUUGGUUUUUUUUUUCCUCUCUCAUGGUGUAGAUCACGUCAAAAAGUGGGAGCUGGGACGUAUGAUAACACAGACACAUAUUUUAUGAUUGUACCACACGCCUGGGGCAACAGUGGUAACUUUUCCAAGGUGUUAUUUGUAUUAGGACAAUAUUGUUGUGACUUGUGUUGUUUUCAGGGAACUUGUUUAGCUGCUACAGAGAAAAAAACCCUAAGCAUGAUGUGAUCAAUACUUCAUAAAUUCUGGGCAGGUGCUCUGCGAGCCACAAUAGCGAACUAUCCUUAAAAGUCAUCAGGGAAUUAUUUUUCUUUGCCAUUUUGCAGCUCCUGGAGGAGUUGCACAGCUGGCAGAGCAUAUUGCCCGUCACCGUGCCAGACGUGGCAUUUGAGAGGCUGCCAGAUUGCUGGGUGCUGCUGCAGCGUGAGCCGCAGCGAGGAUCAGCGGUGUGCAACAGGAGGAAGAUAGUAAGCGUUUUAUUCUUUGCCCUUUGUAGGAUCACACGAGUUAAUAUGGUGUUUUUAAAGAGUCCAAACUUUUUUUCUGAACCUACCAGGCACUUGUGUCGUGUUACCUGCGUAGGUUUAGCCUAUAGAGAAAUCCUGUUCUCGAUGUAUAUGGGUAAAAUUUUUAUUAGUAUUAAAGUUUGGAGUCACUCUGUA